AUGGUUGCUCGCCGAGGAAAGCCACAAGAAAUCCAUUCAGAUAACGCAACUGCGUUCAAGGGUGCAUCACAUGUACUUCAUCGUGUGUUCCAGAUGCUGAAGGUAGAAGAAACAGAACGUAACAAAAUCUUCAACUGGUGCGCCAACAACAACAUACGUUGGAAGUUCAUCCCACCUCGCGCACCGCAUUUCGGCGGGCUAUGGGAGGCGGCGGUGAAGUCUGCCAAACUGCACCUACUGAAGGAAAUUGGUGGCACCAACCUACCAUACGAGGACAUGCUCACUUUGUUAGUUGAGGUAGAAAUGUGCCUCAAUUCUCGUCCACUAGUACCGAUGUCAUCCGACCCGUCUGAUCUAGAGGCGCUAACUCCCGGCCACUUUUUGGUCGGAACCAAUAUGCAAGCUGUUCCUGCGUUGCCGUUGAAUGAAGUUCCAGAUAAUCGACUGAACCACUGGGAACAAACCCAGAAACACUUCCAACGGAUCUGGGCUCGUUGGUAUCCAGAAUACCUCCAACAACUACAAGCGCGUGCCAACAAAAACUGCAAGCUAUCAACCAACAUCAAACCCGGACGACUUGUAGUCGUUAAAGAUGAUGCCCUUCCGCCAGCGAAAUGGCCUCUAGCCAGAAUCACAAAUACGCAUCCCGGAAAAGACGACAUCAUUCGAGUAGUGACGCUAAAGACAGUCUUUGCCGAAAACGUCGUCAGACCUGUAGCAAGAAUCGCCUUGUUUCCGAUACCGGAUGAUGAUCCUGAACAACCUGUUGCAGCACCCCACAAUCAUUGGAGCAGUGCAAUACUUGCUCGAGGCGUAUUUCGUCUUUGA